UACCCUAGAGAAGGAAUGUUGGCAAAGAUCUCUACCACAUGGAAACUACUUUUAAAGCUGUUGGGCCCUAAAAUUUUAUUCAGCAGUUUGAAAUCAAUCCACAGCUUUCCUCAUUCACCCUCCCAUUUGGGGCUAAUGCACAGGCCUGAACAUCUAUUGAGGAAAACCACAAAAAACUUCAAAACAGCUAAAACGACUCUGCAGUCUAUACUUCUUCUGUUACUGUUUGUGCCUCUGAUAAAGCCAGCACCACCAACUCAGCAGGACUUACGCAGUAUCUAUGAUUAUGGAACAGAUAAUUUUGAAGAAACCAUAUUUAGACAAGAUUAUGAGGAUAAAUACCUGGAUGGAAAAAAUACUAAGGUAAAAGAAUCUAUAAUAAUACCUGAUGGAAAAAGUCUUCAAUUACAAAAAGAUGAGAGCGUAACAGCCUUACCACCCAAGAAAGAAAAUGAAGAAAUGCCCACGUGCCUGUUGUGUGUUUGUUUACUCGGCUCUGUAUACUGUGAAGAAGUUGACAUUGACGCUGUACCACCCUUGCCAAAGGAAUCAGCCUACCUUUAUGCACGAUUCAACAAAAUUAAAAAGUUGACUGCCAAAGAUUUUGCAGACAUACCUAACUUAAGAAGACUUGAUUUUACGGGAAAUUUGAUCCAAGAGAUAGAAGACGGUACUUUUUCAAAACUUUCUCUAUUAGAAGAACUUUCACUUGCUGAAAAUCAACUAGUGAAACUUCCCGUUCUUCCUCCCAAGCUUACUUUAUUUAAUGCAAAAUACAACAAAAUCAAGAGUAGAGGAAUCAAAGCAAACACAUUCAAAAAACUGAAUAACCUCACUUUCCUCUACUUGGACCACAAUGCCCUGGAUUCUGUGCCUCCUAAUUUACCAGAAAGUCUACGUGUAAUUCAUCUUCAGUUUAACAACAUAACAUCAAUUACAGAUGAUACCUUCUGUAAGGCAAAUGACGCACGUUAUAUUCGCGACCGUGUAGAGGAGAUACGUCUGGAGGGCAAUCCCAUCAUCUUGGGAAAGUACCCAAACAGUUUUACCUGUUUAAAGAAAUUGCCUAUAGGAUCAUACUUUUAACCAUUAUUAAUGCAGUAUAUAAGCUAAAGUACACAUAUUUUUAUAAUGUCUCAACAAUGUUUAAAUGAGCAUAUUCUUUUAAUAUUAACUUAUAACCCACUAUGAAGCAAUUUUAUGUUUUAAGCAAGGAUGUUCAAAAAUCUUACAGAUAACAAGUAAAAAGUAAGAUUGAAACAAUAAGUUCAAAACAAAAUAAUGUGAAAAUAUUUAAUCAGCAUUACAAAAUCCUUGCAGUUUAUAAUACUGGUUGCCAUUCAAAAGGUAUGUUCUUAUGUUAAUACCCAAAUUUGAGAGGAAUUAUUUUCAUUAUUAAUGAAAUGAGAGGAUGAGUCUAAGAAACUUUCAAUUGUCUUUCAUUCUUGGCCUUUAUUGUAUCCCUAAAGCACUUAAGGCAAGCAUUUCAAAAACUUUGAGAAUGACCUCACACUUUUCUUUUAUGAUACAUGUAUUAUUAUUAAGUAGAAACUUUGCUUUCUCCCUAUCAAGGCAGUUAUAUUAUCAUAUUUUUACUUAGCUUGAUAAAUAGCAUAUAAUCUCAUACCUAAGCAAAAUUUUCCAAAUAAAGCAUUAUAUUAUUCUCUUAUAAAGGGCUCAUACAGUGAUUCCAUAUAGUUAUUCUACUUGUGGUCCUAUAGUGAAAGUUUUUGUAAAAUAGUACAGAAUUUUCUUUUAUCUAAAUAUUAACAGUCUAAGUUGGCCAUAAAACAUCUUAAGAAGACAAUCAAGCUAUAAUCCCAUUCCUCAGAGAAUAGCCACAAAGCUCUCCAUUGUAACAGCUUUCAAAUACUACAUAUAGUGCAAAAUAUUUUGUACACUAUAAAAACUAGAAAGUCAUCAAUAAAUUAUUCAAACUUAAGAAUUGAAAACAAAAUGUAUUCUGUGGUGUUACUGUACACUGCCCUCCCACCCCACAUACACAUCUGUAUUCACCCAAACUAUAUAUUCACAAUAAAGCUUCUGACCAGCAUUUUCAUCUUUAAUAAUGGUGAUUAAUGAUAACACAAUGCUGCACAAUUAAAGUUCCUAAAAUAUCAUUCCUGUUGCCCCUUAUCCACUCAAAAGUCUCAGAUUUCACACUGCUUCAAUGUUAAAUACAAAAUUCUUAGUGCUUUAGAAACAUGAAUCUGAACUCUGUGUAUAUAAAAUUAUCUGCACUUGGUCUUUGUAUACUGUGCCAAGAACACAUACUUAUUCCUAUUGUUAAGAAUUUGCUUCAGGUUUUUCCACACCUAAAAAAUGACCUCCUAUUUGUUUUUCAGUUUCAAGGUCAAUGCUAAGAUGAAUUAUUUUCAUUAAACCAUCUGUAAUCUCUUAAGGUCA